GCCAACUGAUGGAUUUUUAUUUUUAUUUUUUAUACUCCAAAAUCUCAUCUUUUUGUUUUUCUUUUGUUUUGGUUUGACUGCGCGUGAGUCCAUCGGGUUCGUUGGCGAGAUUUAACGAUGAUGGUAUUGGGUUCGUCUUUUAAUUCGGGUCUCUAGUCUUCCCUCUUUUUUAGGAUUAUUAUUAUUUUCUUCUUUGUUUUUAUUGUGAUCUUAAGGAAAGGUCGCACGGUGCUAGGGUUUGUUCUUCCGUGUUGGUUUACUUUACUCUUCGUCGCUUCUUUGCCCUCUUCUUGGCCUCCGUCUUCUUGUUCUCCGACCUUCUUUCCCUCAAAUCCGUUGAUUUCCUUCCGGCGGCGUCGACUCCCGGUCGAUUUUUUGCGAUUGGAGGGGUUUUUGAGGCGUUUGGACGAGAAAAUAUUGGAUUUUGUUGAGGAUUUGAUCUUUUUAACGAUUUUCUUGGGGCCGGGGCUCUGGAUUUGGGGCUUGGUCGUGGAUUUCGAGUUUGAAUUUGGGGCUCGGUGGAUGGGAGUGGAGUGGCAUGCAUAAAAGAUGUUUCAAGCUCCAAGUUUUUCGAAACAGGGCUGUAGGCUUAUUGCAGUGUUAUGCGGGGAGUUUGCCGAGAGGAAAAGGGAGGAGGUGAAGCAUCGGUCUUCAUAUCCUUUCCCUGAGCUUGUGUCGUCCGGGCGCCUGGAGGUUCACACUCUUGUUAACCCGACAUUGGAUAAAAUCAGGGAUGCUCAGAAGUCAUUGGAUCCAAAUAUUUUGUACUUCCAAGGGGAACAACUUGAGAAUGAAGAAGAAAUUGGUUCUCUUGUUUGGGGAACAGUCGAUGUGUCAGAGCCUCAAACAUUUAGCUCCCUUAUCGGUCCAUCAUUACCUACCAUCGUUUAUCUGGAGGUCCCAAAUGGUGAAAAAAUUGCGCAAGCACUUCAUUCCAAGGGAAUUCCAUAUGUGAUAUAUUGGAAGAAUUCAUUUUCGUCUUAUGCAGCUUCUCACUUUCGCCAAGCAUUGCUGUCUGUUGUACAGAGUUCAUGUAGCCAUACAUGGGAUGCAUUUCAACUUGCACAUGCAUCUUUUUGGCUAUAUUGUGUACGAAACAACUAUGUUUUGCCAGCUGACAGCCAAAAGGUUAGUGGGAAACCUGGGCCCCGUUUACUGGGAGAUGCUCCUAAGAUUAAUAUAACUCCUCCAGACAAAGUUAUGGGUGAAGAAAAAGAAGAAGAAGAAAGCUCAUCCGAUAAUCUACCUGCUAUAAAAAUAUAUGACGACAAUGUGGAUACAAGAUUUCUUGUUUGUGGAUUACCAUGCACAUUGGACGCUUGUCUGCUGGGUUCCUUGGAAGAUGGCCUUAAUGCCCUCUUGAACAUUGAAGGUAUUGUGGCAUCGCAUGCACGCCCAGAGCCGGCAACAGACUGGCACAAACUGAUUCGUGGGAGCAAACUUCAAAAUCGAAUCAGUGCUGCACCCCCUCCUCUUCAAGCUGGGACAUUUUCUCGUGGAGUUGUGACAAUGAGAUGUGAUCUCACAACUUGUAGUUCCGCUCAUAUCUCACUUUUAGUGUCUGGUAGUGCACAAACAUGUUUCGAUGACCAGCUGUUAGAAAGUGAAAUAAAACAUGAGCUCAUUGAGAAGAGUCAGCUAGUUCGUGCUCUUCCAAAUUGUGAGGAAAUCAAGCCUUCUUUAUCUGAACCUCUGAACUCUGUUUCUAUAGCUUGUGGGGCUCCAGUGUUUGAAGUUUGGAUGAAGGUUCCAUCUUGGGCUGCUCAGGUCUUGAGACAACUUUCACCUGAAGUCUCUUAUCGUAGCUUGGUUACACUUGGUGUUGCAAGUAUUCAGGGUAUUUCAGUUGCUUCUUUUGAGAAGGAUGAUGCAGAUCGCCUUCUAUUCUUUUGUACAAAACAAGGGAAAGACUUGAGCAUACAAGAUGGGUUGCUUUGUAGUGUGCCUACCUGGUCGUCCUCUCUUAUUAGAAAAAGAUCCAGACCCAUUCCAGAUAGAAAACCUAUGACAUGUAACGGUACUUUGAGUGAGAAUGGAGCAACUUUUUUGAAAGAUGAUCAGGAUGUCAAGGUAGACGCAAGUUUGGUAGAAGGGAUUAACCUGUCCCCCAUGACAGUUAAAAAGAGAUUGAGGCUUGCUGCAAUGAGGCCAAUUCCUCACUCUCGGCAGUGCAGGAUGCUGCCUUUCUCUGGAGUUCCUCAGACUGAUUUGAAUAAUGGAAAUCAGGCAAAGCCUAACCUGCCAGUUGUACCUUCAGUAAAGCACAAUAUUGUUCCUCCUGCUCCUUCAACACACAGGAAAUCCAUUUCAAGUUCUUCCCAUGCUCAGCAGAUAAUUUCUUUAAACCCUCUGCCAAUGAAAAAACAUGGAUGUAACAGAUCCCCAAUUCAAGUUUGCUCCGAAGAAGAAUUUUUGAAGGACGUUAUGCAGUUUCUAAUCCUUAGGGGGCAUAGUCGACUUGUUCCCCAAGGAGGAAUAUCUGAGUUUCCUGAUGCCAUACUCAAUGCCAAGCGCCUGGACCUUUUCAAUUUGUAUAGAGAGGUGGUUUCAAGAGGAGGUUUUUAUGUUGGGAAUGGCAUAAACUGGAAAGGUCAAGUUUUUUCAAAGAUGCGCAACCAUACAGUUUCCAAUAGAAUGACAGGUGUUGGGAAUACGUUAAAAAGACAUUAUGAAACUUACUUGUUGGAGUAUGAACUAGCACAUGAUGAUGUGGAUGGAGAGUGCUGCUUGCUGUGUCGCAGUAGUGCUCCUGGUGAUUGGGUAAACUGUGGGUUAUGCGGUGAAUGGGCCCACUUUGGUUGUGAUAGACGGCAGGGUCUUGGUGCUUUCAAGGAUUAUGCAAAGACAGAUGGGUUGGAAUAUAUUUGCCCUCACUGUAGUUUGACAAAUUUUAAGAGAAAAUCACAGAAAAUGGCAAAUGGGUUUUUGAAUACAUCCUCCAUUCCACGGCCCAUGUAAUCUCUUUCUUUUACUUCCCCCCUCUCUUUUUGCAUACAAGCCGAGCCCCCAGUUUGUGGAGGGGUUAUAAUUUGUAUGAUCCCCAUUGUUGUUUCAUUAAUGUUAGUCUAGGCUGAUAUUUUUAGAUAGCUCCUGAACACCAUACGGAAGGAAUAUAAGAGAAAUGUUCAUUUAUAUGGAUGCUGUCAAUCCCAUCCUUGUCUUUCACUA